UCUCCGAUUUAUUCAUAAUAAGAAAGAAACACAGUAAUUAGGCAGAUUUCUCACACUGCAUACGAAUGAAUUAAUAUCACAUAAAUAAACUUGACUCAUAGUGAAAUACACACUAUGGCUCAUAAUGGAAGAGAGAAAAGUAACGCACGGCGUAUCGAGUAAUACUGAAUACUUUUUUUUUGCCAAGACAGAAAUGUUAUAACUACGCUUGCGCAAAGAUAUUAUAUAAAAUAUAGUCUACACAGUAAGAAUAUUCCUCUCUGUUACAAAUGGGGGUAAUUCAGAUAAUUUAGAUAAUGUUGCUAUUACCUCUACUAUAUAUACAUUUCGCCACUAUUAAAGUAAAUACAUUCCUAUUUAUUUAACUACCGUUGCAUCACGCGAUAUGCAUACUUGAAAAUAUACGAAAAAUUUCAAAAGGCAUUCCAGAAAUUCUGAGAGUCGUUUCACUAUUGUGUCGCUGCUUUCGUACGUGAUGCAUGAAUUCAACGAGCGCUACUUUAAAUUGAAUCGAAUUCUCCUUAAAAUGGUUGGCUUGUGGCCUUAUCAACAGUCAUAUUUUAUGCGAAUGCAGAAAGGAGUGUUUACUGGAAUUUUUUUGACAUUUAUUAUUGUCCAGUUGCUGGUUUUGGCUACAAUGCAGUCCAAUUUAAUUUUCGUUCUUAAAAUUCUGACGUUUGUCUUCCCUGCUCUUUUUGUCACAAUAAAGUAUUGUCUUUUUAUUAUUCACGCAGAUAGUGUGAAGCGAUUGCUGGAGCUAAUUCGCAGCGAUUGGAAUUUCUUAAAAGAUAAAGUCGAAAUUGAUAUUUUAGAAAAAUAUGGUUGGUAUGCAAGACUUCUUACAAUCAUGGCAAUCGUGUUUUGCUAUUGUGGUAUACUUUUUGUCGACAUAUUACAAUUUCUACCUGUAAUACUUGAUGUCAUAUUACCAUUGAACGAAUCACGACCGUUUCGUAUUAUCGUAAUCACAGAAUAUUUUAUCAAUCAGGAGAAAUAUUUUUAUGUUAUAUUGUUACAUGAAUUACUUGCCGUGGAUCUAGCGGCAAUUGCGUUAUGUAGCACCAGUACGACUAUUAUGUCGUAUAUCCUGCAUGGAUGUGCAUUGCUUAAAGUCGCUAGCUACAGGAUAGAAAACGCUAUCGAAAAGGACUUACUGGCGAUUCCUAGUCCUAAAAAGGAAUAUCUUUUAUAUAGGAAGAUUGUUCGUGCGGUUAUUAUUCACCGCCGGGCUACUGAGUUCAUCGAAACUUUUACAUCGAGUUUCACAGUAUCAUACGAUAUUCUAAUCAUAAUUGGCGUCAGCUCUUUAAGCAUUAAUCUCUUCCAAUUUCUUCAAUUAAUAACAUUAACGACGAAUACUGGUGAAGCAUCCAUUCUUAUUGUAUUGAUAGUUACUCACUUAGGUUACAUGUUUGCUGGUAAUUACGCUGGGCAAAAAAUAAUAGAUCAUGGAACAAAAUUAUUUCGAACAACUUAUAAUGGACUGUGGUACGUAGCACCAUUGCAUACACAAAAAUUGAUAUUAUUUAUAAUGCAAAAAGGGACCGUAGAUGUCACGCUAACAUUCGGUAGCAUAUUCGUUGCGUCUUUAGAAGGUUUUGCUACGCUCACGAGUACGGCAAUAUCCUACUUUACGGUGAUAUAUUCUACACGAUAGUAAGAAAGAGAGAGUGUAGAAAAUGCGCUAUUGAUUAGAUUUUAAAUUUAAAUUGAUUACAUUUUUUCACAUUGAUAUUUUGAGUUCUGUAACAUAUUUAGAAGUUGUUCAAUGCAGCAUGUAAAGAAGUAUUCUUUCACUUCUAAUAAUGUAAGUACAAUUAUUAGAUUAUAUAUUGUAUAUUUCGAUUAUAUACAAUAUUUCGAUAUUUUCACAAAUAUAGUUAAUUUAAUAUUAAUUACAUCGCACAACACAUUCAUCAUUUUUUAUAGAAACUCCUAAGUUGUUUAUUUGAAUAACAUUACAAAGUUGCAAUUACAACGGACUAUAGUAUGCAACCUCGUUAGAAAUUGAUUAUGUCUGAUGCAAAAAGAGCAACAAAGGUUAGUGUAAUGUGCAUAUUUAUUGUCUCUUUUGAAGGGUCUUUGUUAUACAAUAAAAAGUCUUUCUUACAAUCACAGAACCAAACUUUAUAAAUUUCACGGAAAAUUUUAUGUAAUGCUUACAGCUGCUUGCGAGUACAGCAACAUCCUACUCAGAGUGAUGUAUUGAUGUUCUAUACUGAAAC